CAUCUCGCCCGAUCUCUCCUAUCUCCGCUCUUCGAUCGUCUGCUAGGGUUUGUGGACUUUCAGCAUUAGAGGAUAGGUAUAGCCUGUCCUGCAUAUGGCCUGAAAUUCUUAGACGAUGCGCCGAUUGCUCCAUUUGAUAAUAGGUCCCGACUUACGAGGAAUGGUGAAAGCAAAGCAAAGAAAGCAAGAGCUGGAUCUUCAAAGUGAGAGCUUCGAUCCUUACACUUGUUCGGAGAUGGACCUGCAUGACAGUAGCAGCUGGGUCGUCGUUAAGAAGCAGAGGGUCACCAUUCUGUUGCCUCCGCUACCUGUUGUAGAAAACAUUUUAGCACCAAAGGCACGUCCAAAGCCAGUGGAGGGCUCCCUUAGGACGACUGUGGGCAAGAAAUGCCAACAUCCAGAUGAAGUGGCACCUAGAGGAGGCAUUCAUUUGGGUGGAUUUGUCACGUCUCCAUUGGACUUCCCUGCAUCCCGAGAACCACAGUCUCAUCAUCUGUACCAACUUGGCUCUGAGAAGUUCCGUGAAUUGCUGAAACCAUCGAAAUCCUCAAAUGGCAUUGAGCAGAUUCGAAGAUUCAGUAGCCCUUGUAGUUUCCCCAAUGGGUGCAGUCUAAUAAAGCAGAGACUCAGAGCACGAAACCUCGAGAGGAAGCUUGAGACCGCAGGUGGGUUGAGCAGGUGGUUAGUGUCGCUGGGGCUGGGGCAGUUUGUUCAGAUCUUUGAGCGCAGGAGUGUGAACAAGUUUCAGCUCGCAAGCCUCACAAUGAAUAAGCUCAAGGAUAUGGGGCUAAUAGCUGUCGGCCCUCGGAGGAAACUGAUGCAUGCCAUCGACUGUUGCUGCGGACCGUGACUCUUUCAAGGCUUCCAAGGAUCCUGUCUUGUAAAACCCAGUUUUGUGGCCACCUGAUCAACUUUAUUAUCUCUUCUUCUCAUGAUGGAUAUGUACAUAUUUGUGGUGGAUUAGAUAAGUUCUGGUUGCUGCUAGAUAUUCUUCUGAGCUGCAAAUUGUACCCGAAAACUCGAAAUGUGAGACAGAAGAGAUAUCCGCAUGUAUAUGUGCACGGAGCUUUGUAAAGUUUCUGCUUUGUAAUGUGUAACCGGGUCUUCCUCUCUUUUCUGAAAUCCCAGUCCUCAUUUCCAA